GUCGGAGCCAGGCUGAGCCAAUAAAACCAGCUUUGUUACCUGUGAGGUAAAGCAGGAGUGUUGGUGCAGCAUUGUAGAGGAGUGAGCAGUAGCAUCUGGAGCAGUGGUUUGGGUGUGAAGACAUUGCAGUUGGCCAUGAGUCUUGCUUUGAUGCUUAGGCUACCUUGGCUUUGCCUUUUCUUCUUGACUGAUGUGGGCCUAUGCAGUCCUCUACUUCAAGGAUCAGAAGAGCCCCUGCGUUUUGGGUUCUCCGACUCCAGACGAAGUCCUCCUAGCAGUGCCCCUGUGUCUUCAGUGAGAAACAGCUUCACUAAUGGUGAAGAUGCAACAAGUCCCAGGAAACCUGUACCACUAAACCUGAAUUCUCACCAGGAGAAACUCGUUCCUAUGUGGGUCAUGCCUUCAGCUCCAGUGACCCAGAAGCCCAAGGUGCCUCAGGCUCCAGCCCAAGAGGUUCCUGCAUGGGUUCAGACUCCCCCAGCAUGGGCCCAGACAGCCCCGGCAUGGUUCAAGAUUCCUCCUGCUCCAGUGAACCAGGAGCCCAAAACCCCUGAGGCUCCAGCCCAAGAGCCCCAAACAUCGGCCCAGACGCGGCCAGCGUGGAUCAUGCCUUCAGCUCCAGUGACCCAGAAGCCCAAGGUUCCUCAGGCUCCAGCCCAAGAGCUCCCAGCUUGGGUUCAGACGCCCCCGGCAUGGAUGCUUCCAGCUCCAGUGAACCAAGAACCCAAAACUCCUGAGGCUCCAGCCCAAGAGCUUCCAGCAUUGGCCCAGACGUGGCCAGCGUGGUUCAUGCCUUCAGCUCCAGUGACCAAGAAACCCAAGGUGCCUCAGGCUCCAGCCCAAGAGGUUCCUGCAUGGGUUCAGACUCCAGCCCAAGAGCCUCCAAGAGCCUUUCGUCCCCGGGGGUCACUCCACCCCCGCGCUGCCCCCGCCCGAAGCCCAAAAAUGUUUUUCCUACAUAACUACCUGAACCGUGGCACCGAGGAUGACAAAAUGUUUAUGGUAUGUUGUUCUCUAGAGCUUGCAUCAACUUAGCUUAUAACCAGUCAU